GUUGUGAUUGGCCAGCCCUCUGAUGACGUAAGACGCCGCGCCGCGAGCCGAGGGCCGCCGGUUCACUGCUCCGCUGGAAAGCGUUAGGCCGGGCGCGGGGCUUUGGCGGCGGCGUUGGGGGCGGCAGUUCGCCGCUCACACUCAUGAGGAGCCGGAAGCUCGCAGGUGGAGUGCGGUUCUCAGCGCGCCUCCGAGCCCGGAGCUGCUCGGCCCGCUUGGCCUCGGCCCAGGAAGCCGGCGUCACCACGUCUGCCCGGACGGCAUGUCAGACUUCCUCGUCACACAGAGCCACCGACAGGCGGACUUCCAAGAAGUUCAAGUAUGACAGAGGUCAUCUUGCGAAGUCAGAGUUACAGAAACUAGCCCCCCAGAGGGACCGUGCUGCUGUGCCCAGAGUGCCUCCUGGGACCCCUUGUGAAAACGAGCCUCUGGCAUUUGUCAAGGACAGCGCACCGCUCCCGGGAAGGAAGGCCGGCAGUUCCACACAGCCGGAGGCGGCGGGCCUCCCCGCAGGGCCCCGCCGGGCUGGGAGCGACGCUUGCCCAACCCAGACUGAGGACGGGCAGUCCCUGCCAAGGCCUGGUGCUCCCUCGGGAGAAGACCCCGAUGGCGGCUACGCCAGGCGGGCUGGGGCGGCAGAGCCCGAGCCCGGCCCCGGGCCGCUGCAGUUGGACAACAGCGCCCUCCUGGACGACGACAGCAACCAGCCCAUGCCCGUGAGCCGGUUUUUCGGGAACGUGGAGCUCAUGCAGGGUUCUGACCGGGAGGAGAGGGCAAAACCAAAACCGACACUGAUUCGCUGCCUGCCCCCAGCUGAGAACGGUUGCCAUGGACCUCCCCCCGGCGUCGUCCACCUGCCCUUCAAUGAGCAGACGCGAGUUCAGGAAAAUGCACUUCAGGGCCAAAGAGGACGACGACGAUGGGGACGAGGCAGAGACGUAGAGUCCCCGCGCACGUGCGCGCGGCUGGCGCAGCCCUGGUCCAGCCGCGCGGUGUCCCCUCGGGAGCGCACUGGGUCAGAGCGGCUGACCCCGCCACCAGCCGCGGGGAGACCCCGAACUGAAGGGCCCUCGCCUGUAAAGCUGCUGUUUCCGCGGGAUGUGUUCUCUCCGUCUGCACACGCGGUGGUGGUUUGAGCCACCCCCUCUCCUGAGAGACGUCUUGUAAAGAAAACCCCACUGGCGCUCUUUAGUUUUGAUAAUAUGCAGGUUUAUUUUCCAUAAUCAAAAUUUGAUCAGUCUCCUGACUGAUCAGUGCGGUUCUCAAAGAGCUCUCCUUUAUUACUGUAUGCGGAGCUUGUGUUCACCUGGGAAAUUCAGCAAAAUACAUAUGGAAAAGAAAGAAACUAUAUUUUGAAAAUGUUUUCGAAGAA